GAUGUUACAAUACCUAUGGGGGUUUUUAUCAGUGGAAAAUAUCCUGGACUUCUGUAAGCAUUCUCAGUUCGAAUUCUCGUUAAUACGCAAGCCAUUUGUCUGGAACUAAAUUAUUGAUGUGUGUAUGUAUAUAUUAUGAGAAUACGUUCAUUGCUGGAGACAAAGACAAGUUGGAUAUAUACAGCUGCUGGUUGUACAAGCUCUGCGCCGCCGCUCGAUACGGAGAGGAGAUCUAGCCAUGGAUCAAUGUCUUGGCGCUCACGACGACCCGUACAUAGGACGAUCAUAGCUGGUCGAGCCCAGACGUGGACAAUGGUGAUUCCAAGAGUGCCAGCGAAGCAUUUGGUACGCACACGCGGUUACUGUGCAGUUGUUGAGGACAAGAAAGGAAGCCGAGUGGAAAUCGUUCUCGGGUACACGUGAACAUUGAUUGUGGAUCUCAGAAACGAAAUACAUUUAAUUCUUUCCCACCGUAUUGGAUUCUGGAUUUAGUUUUUUUUCCCCUUGUGUGCCAUUAAUGUACUGCAUUUAUCCAUCGUUAUUGGAAAGUGUUGGAGGAAACGAGGUUAAAUCUGUCGUAGCUUUUUAGAAAAGAUAAAUGCAUACAUCUGAUAUACCAGUGUGUUCCACAGUCUGUGAGAAAUAUCAGAAUAAAAUUGUGGGGUUGUUUUUAUAUAUUAUAUCAACAUUUGGAGUAGUACGUCUCAACUGCUGGAUGACCGCAUAUUCCGUUUCGUUUAAAUUCGAAGGUCAGGGACUGUGACCGCUGGCCGACAGAGAGGAUUUACAACAGUUUAUAUACAGAGUCUGACACGAGAGGAUAAACAGGUGGUGAAAUCAAAACAUUCGGCACAGUUCUUUAAAACUGGAACAAAUAUAUCUACAGGAUUCCAUGUGUGACUCGACAAACCUCGCUAUUCAGAUGGACAGCGACGCGUAGUUCGGCUAUCUAGUUCUGUUCCAUUCGGUAGUGACGAGUGAUUCGGCUAUCUAGUUCUGUUCCAUUCGGUAGUGGGACUCGAAGUGUGUAGUGGAGUUCGGCCGUGUUAAAGAAGACUAUGUCCAACACCACACUAAAUUGUGACGACAUUCUUGCGGACAAACCAGGCCCUCCACCUCUGUACAGCACCGGCACCCGGUACGGCAUAGCAGCCGUGCUGACCUGUUUCCCAAUCCUGUGCCUGGUGGGCAACACGGUGGUCAUCCUGUCAGUCGCCACUCACCGCCGAUUGAGAACCAUCACCAAUGCUUUCGUCGUGUCCCUAGCUGUGGCGGACAUGAGCGUCUCCGUGUUGGUGAUGCCCUUCUCCAUCUACUCGCAGCUCAACAACAAGCAGUGGAUGCUCGGGGAGACCCUGUGUCUCGUGGGGAUCAGUUUUGACGUGAUGCUCUGCACCAUCUCGAUAUUCCACCUCUCCUGCCUCGCCAUAGACCGCUACCUGGCCAUCUGCCAGCCGUUCGUGCACGAGAGGAUGACGUCACAGAUCGUUGUCAUGAUGCUGACGUGCUGCUGGGUGAUCCCCAUCUUCAUCUCGUUUGUUCCGGUGAUGAACAAGUGGAACACGAUCGGUAUCGAGGAUUUCAUCGAGUGCGCCGCGCCUCCAGGCUCUAACACGUGCGUAUUCCUCGUCAAUGUGACUUUCUCUUUGAUAUGCUCAGCAGUCGCCUUUUACAUUCCUGUAGUUUUCAUGGGAGUCUGCAACUGGAAAAUUUACCUGUGCGCCCGCAGACAAGCCAUGCAGAUUCGUAGCUUAGAUAAUGCAGUGCAUCACCAACAUAGCUUGAAAGGAAAAGGAAAAUUUAAGCAAGAAGCCAAAGCUGCAAAGACUCUUGGCAUCAUUAUGGGAUGUUUUAGCGUGUGUUGGUUUCCCUUCUUUAUUUUCAACAUAUUCGACCCUUUGAUCGGGUACAAAAUUCCCUACAUACCCUGGUCUGUUGCCUUAUGGCUCGGAUAUAUAAACUCAGUGAUGAAUCCAUUUCUGUACUACUACUUCAAUAGGAACUUUAAAUUUGCCUUUCGCAGACUCCUCAAGUGCAAAGUGUGCCGCGGCAUCAGUGAAUACGAGGAAGACCCGAUCACGGGAACGACGCACCUGUCCGAAUGACAGGAGGCCUCCCACCUGCGAACACGAGAGAACUCGCUAGAUACCUGCAUCGACGACAGCCACGUCAGCCGAUCCGCCACAGUGACCUUUCAGCUGCCAGACGUCAAGGCCGAUGGCGGAGAAAGUGCUUCAAUAGCGCUCAGCAACAACGAACACCGCGCCUCCUAGCGUGAAUCGUGGUCGUGUCUCGAUGCUUCAAGGAAACGGUCAUUCUAAAAGUAGCCUUCGCGGCGUAGAGUUGUCGGCGCAGCCCUGUCGGCGACGCUUGCUGUCGGGCUUGGCGCAAUGGCAACGGAACCGUGGAGAGCUGACCGUUUUAACGUUGUGUGUAUCUACGAGAGGAACUGUUAACUCUCGGUAACCUCGCAGCUGGGAAUAUAAUUAUUCAAUGACAAUACCUCGUGGAUGGGCCUAGUUGGCUUCCCCCUGCUAGACAGUGCUCAAGACAUUGGUGUACUUGUUUGGUUGGAUUAAAAAAAGUUCUACAUAUCAUAAUAAAGUGCUACUAUUAGAGAA